CCGAUUUCAAGCGUCCGGGGGUUCCCAUAAGUGCCUGGCUAUUCCAGCAGUCUGUGGCUCAGUUCUUCUAAUUUGGCAACUGAUAACUCAAUUCAACAAGUUUUAAUUCUCACGUAAAUACAGUCAUGGCAGCCUCAUUGCAGAACAGCAAGUUGGCCUUCAUUGGAGGGGGGAAUAUGGCCGCUGCCAUCAUCGGGGGACUAGCCAACCAGGGUAUCAACAAGCAGAACAUCAUUGUAUCUGAGCCUUGGGAUGUCAACAGAGAGAAGAUUGCGGCCACUGGCGUGCGAACCACAACAUCUAACGUCGAGGCCGGCCAGGAUGCCGACCUCAUCAUCAUUGCCGUAAAGCCUCAAAUUGCCAAGACGGUAUGCGAGGAGCUUGGAGGAUCUUGGUCCCACCGGGCCACUCUACCAAUCGUUGUCAGUAUUGCUGCUGGCAUCACCCUUGAUAGCCUGAGAGAGUGGCUGAAGACCAGUGAGGGCAAGACUGCGCCGGUUGUUCGUGUGAUGCCAAACACGCCUGCUCUGGUUGGAGAGGGUGCAUCUGGUCUCUAUGCAAGCGAGGAUGUCAAGGAGAACGAGAAGCAGCUUGUUGAUGCACUUCUUGGCAGUGUAAGCAAGGCCACUGAGUGGGUGGAAAAGGAAGAACUACUUGAUGUUGUAACCGGAUUGUCUGGUUCUGGCCCUGCAUACUUUUUCGCCAUGGUUGAACAUCUUAUUGCUAGUGCAACGGCUUUGGGCCUUCCGAAAGAGCAGGCUACUCGACUAGCCAAGCAGACAUGCUUGGGAGCUGGUCAAAUGCUUGUUACAUCUUCAGAGGAGCCAGCCCAGCUGCGCAAGAAUGUCACGAGCCCCAAUGGAACCACUUAUGCUGCUUUACAGACUUUUGAAUCAUUGGGCUUUGAUGAGGUUGUUAACAAGGCUGUCAUGGCCGCCACAGCUCGAUCUGCCGAGUUGGGAAAGUCAUAAAUGGAGAACAUAGAGAUAAUAAAAGCUACUUUUGAUUUAAUUUCUCAGGGGUAUUGAGUACAUGCUCUUAAGAGCCAAACAAGGCAUAAGUCAACCUGACUUUAAGCAUUAAAGUUUGCUUAAGAGAAGAACCGGAAAAUAAAUAAAUAAAUAAACAUCACUGAGCU